AUGACAGUCUGGGGCAUUGAGCCAAACAUGGUGACUUACAACAGCUUGAUCCAUGGCUUAUGCAUGACCAACGGGGUAGACUCCACACUUUUGCUGAUGGAAGAGAUGACAGCAACAGGGUGCCUUCCGGAUAUCAACACCUACAACACACUUAUUGAUGGCCUUUGCAAGACAGGAAGGGUGCCAGAAGCGAACAGGCUGUUUGGAGAAAUGAAGGCCAAGUUUUGCAACCCAGAUGUUAUCACGUACAGCUGCUUGAUUGGUGGGUUUUGUAAGCUAGAUAGGAUCAACAUGGCUUGCACGUUGUUCGAUGACAUGCUCAAGCAGGCAGCCCUCCCCGACGUCGUCACAUUCCCGACACUAGUGGAAGGAUACUGUAAUGCUGGACUGGUGGAUGACGCCGAGAGGCUUCUGGAAGAGAUGGUUGCUAGUGACUGCUCUCCAGACGUGUAUACGAGCUUGACCGGUGGCUUCUGUGGGACUGGGGACCUGGAAGAGGCUCACAAGAUGCUCGAGAGACUGGAGCACAACGAGAACCGUUGGAAAAUGGAUCUGCCAAUCCAUGCCUACCACAGGCCAUCCAACCAUAGCUCCGAUACCAUAUUGGAAAAUAUGCUUAGUUCUAACAAGAACUGCAAGGCAGAUAUGUUCGCGUACCGGAUGAUGAUGGACGGGCUGUGUAGAACCGGGAGAAUGAGCGCAGCUCUGGAGCUUCUCGAGGCCAUCAAGCAGAGUGGCACGCCUCCUCGCCACGAUAUCUAUGUGGCGUUGAUCAGGGGGCUGUGCCAGGGGAAAGAGCUCCGCAAAGCCAUGGAAGUUUUGGAAGAGAUGACGCUCUCAAGGAAAGGCAGGCCAAAUGCCAAGGCUUACAAGGCGGUGAUCCAGGAGCUAGCGAGAGAAGGGAGACACGAAAAGGCAAAUGCACUCUCAGACGAAUUACUUGGUAACAAAGGCCAGUAA